CACAUCAGCUGCGGUCCGGCUUAUUUCAACAAAAGACACAACGCAGAAUGAACACUGUUACACAAGACAUAUGCUUGUGUCUUCUGUUUUACAAGUAGUCCAGCUGCAUAAGGUUAUGCAUUAACUGGGCAAAUAAGUGAGGCAGUACCAAACGGCAGGGGCAGAGAGCCAUCGCAGGCAGCCCACCAUCAUAUCCCCCCCACCCAACAUACCCUAUUACCUAAAUGAUAUCCACUUCAUCUUGCAUCUCAUUAAAAUCUCAUCAAAGAGGUUCAAGUACAGAAAGUGUUUUGACACUUGGAAACCGCAACAUUUUAUAACUUCUGGUUUGGAAGGUUUUAUAGCUGUUUCUUGACAUAUUCUGGGCAGAACAUUUCAUUUGUUAAUAUGUGAUUGUUCAGACAUGUGAAUGAGUGCAAAUAACUACAAUUUUUCUCACUCCUCACUUUCUUUUCUAUAACUGUUGUGUCCGCACUACUGUCCUUGAGACGCAGCAAGUAUUAAGUCUAUCAAACUUGUCAAACAUACCUUUGGCAGGAAUAGUUUCAAUGCAAGGCACCUGUCAAAUAUUCCAUCAAAGUAGCCAGUGAAAUUGCUGAUAACAAUUGUUAUUUGAUAUUGUGCUGCUUCAGUUAAGACAAACGUCAUAUAACAUUCAGAAUACUGGAUAGCUCAUGUUCAGCUAUGAUAUAUUGUUCCUCUGAUGUUUUCCUCCUUUGAUAACAGAUUCUGUCUCAGUUUGGGAAGCCAUCUCUACUGUGCCAGAAUGAGAAUGUUGAAACCCGUCACAGGAAAAUUCCUCUACCAUGUAAUCAAGAGAUUACUCAGUUUUUUUUAAAGAUAUUUUUUGGCACUAGAGGCCUUUAUUUUUCAUUUUUCGACAGUAGGCAAACAGGAAAGAGGGGCAGACAUUUGGCAAAGGUCACCGGGUCCAGGACUCGAACUCGGGACGGCCGCAUCAAGCACUAUAGCCUUUACAUAUGGCGGCGCCCAAGAUUGCUUAGUUUUGUGGACUUAUUGGGUCUCAGCCUACAUGGACCAGAGAGUGCAGGGCUUUGACAUAUGCCUCAUCAGGAUGUUUUGGAGAAACUCCAUCUAGAAAGUCCACUGCUUUUUCCUUAGUGAAACCCCUCCCGUAAAAGUUUUACAACACUCAGACAACUUUGGGUUUCCCUUUGUCACCACAGAUGUCAUGUGGCAGAUUCCUCAAAACUGCAAUGCCACACGUCACUCUUCUGAUUCACUCAGAUCAGAAUGGAUCUGAAUACAUCUGGCUUCCCAUAAGAAACAAGAAAGCCAACAGAGAAGAGGACAGAUUCCCCCUCAGUUUAGAAGAGCCAUCUCUUCUGUUCCAGAAUGGGAAUGUCAAAACCCAUCAGAGGGAUGUUCCUCUUCCUCCUCUUCAUCACAGUAUGUGCAGUCAUGGUCAUUGUUAACAAGAGAUCACCCAGCAUUAAAGAGAUGCCUGUGGCUCCAUGGUUUUGUCCAUCAUCAGUCUCUGAGCAGAGCAUUACUCCUCUGAAUAACACCAAGCACUUAUUGGUCUCAGCCUACAUGGACCAGAGAGUGCCGGGCUUUGACAUACGCCUCAUCGGGAUAUUUCGGAGAGAUUCCAUCCAGGAACUCCACUGCUGUUUCUGCUGUGCUGGCUAUCUAAGGGAAACCACUCCUGCAAAAGUUUUACAACACCCUGACAACUUCGGAUUUCCCUUUGUCACCACAGAUGUCAUGUGCCAGAUUCCUCAAAACUGCAAUGCCACACAUGUCACUCUUCUGACUCAGUCAGAUCAGAAUGGAUCCGAAUACAUCUGGCUUCCCAUAAGAAACAAGAAAAACAAGGCAGGAGAGAAUAAAAAGAUGGACUUCACUGUCUGCAUCUCUAAUCUGUUUGGGGACUACAACAAUGUGCUUCAGUUUGCACAGACCCUGGAGAUGUACAGGUUGCUUGGAGUGAACAGAGUGGUGAUCUACAAGACCAGCUGUGGCCCGGAUCUUGACCGUCUUCUGCAGAGUUACAAGGAGGAAGGCUUUGUGGAAGUAGUUCCCUGGCCAAUAGACAAACACAUGAAUCCGUCCCGGGGCUGGCUCUUUUCAAGUCAUGGUGGCGAUAUUCACUACUUUGGCCAGCUCACCACACUCAAUGAGUGCAUUUACAGAUCCAUGGAGCGUUCCCGCUACGUCCUGCUAAACGAUAUAGAUGAGAUCAUUAUGCCGUAUCAACAAGACAACCUGAAAUCUCUGAUGGAUGGUCUGCAAGCACAGUAUCCAAAUGUGGGCGUGUUCCUUAUUGAGAACCAUAUCUUUCCAAAAAAGCACUUUGAACCAAGUGGAAGGUUUCACCUUCCUCAGUGGAACAGGGUGCCAGGAGUUAAUAUUCUGGAGCACGUUUACAGAGAAAGCCCGGAUCGAAAUAUUUACCAUCCACAUAAGAUGAUCGUUCAACCAAGGAUGGUGGAGCAAACAUCAGUGCAUUCAGUGCUCCGUUUUUUUGGACAGCAGUAUACAGUUCCAAUGGACGUUUGUCGGAUCAUUCAUGUCCGUGUGGCCCUGCUGAAACAGCUAACGCUGGAGGAGCUCAACGUGGACAAACGGCUGUGGGAUUUUCAGGAAAAAUUGAUUCCCAACGUGGACAAAGUGUUGAAGAAAUUGGGGUUGCUAGCAUAGAGUUAAAGUAUGGGGCAGGAUGGGAAAUCCAGUUGACUGGGACUUGGCUUCGCACAUUAAGGAUGACAGUGAAUGUAUGCUGUGUUUGGUAUUUAUUUAUCGAAUUAUUUUACUCAUCAAAGCUAGUCAACUUUUAAGAUGUGAACAAAGGAAAUACUUCAUGAUUGAAAGGCAUUGUGCAUAAGUCAGUUUUGCUAGUUAUGUGGUUUAUUCAAGAGGUUUGCACAUGUACAAGUAGUUAAACUACCCAUGCACAUAUAACACAGAUCACUUCACUAUGCAUGCCUUUUAUUCAGACAGAAUUUCUGCUAGCUCAGGUCUACUUAGAUAAUAACUUAUUCCAGCAGAUAAGUCAUAAAUAUAUGUCCCUGAAGAUGUUUUUUUACUGUUGUAAAUGUCUUGGUUAAGGAUUUUUAAGUUUUUUUUGUUUUGUCAACUGGAAUUAAUAGUGAAUGGCAGUGUUGUAUUUUUUUGUCAAGGGCAAAUGCAUAGGUUAUGGCAUUUAAUUUCUAUAAACCUGACAAAUUUAUCAUCCACAAAUGUUUAUACAGGGUUCUUUCUACUUUACUUUGAUGGUUUUUGUCACCCUUGGCUUUGUAGAUUUUCUAAUUUCAUAUAGAUACACGAAUUCUGUCACUCUGGAUCUUUUGGCCUGUGAUGUGGUGUCACUUCUGGAGACUUCCUGGAAUAUUAUGUUUACCUGUUAUUAACAUCAUUGCAUUUAAAUGGGGGCAAAUGUAAACAAUAAAACCUUAUUUUCACA